CCCUUGGUCCAUCUGGCAGAAACACAGGAAGGAUCUUUCAGCACAACCACCAUGAACAGAACCUUCGCAGUGCUCCUUUGCAUGAUGUUCUUGCUUGCAACAGCCGUACAAGGGCAACUGACCAGCAGGAACGGUCGUUGUGUGUGCUUGAAAACAGUUCCCAGUGCAAUGCCAUUGCAAAGAAUAGGGCAUUUGGAAAGCCACCCCAUAAGCUCCUCUUGUAACAGAGAAGAGAUCAUUGUUACACUCAAGAAGACUCAAAAGAAGGUCUGCCUGGACCCAAACUCAAAGGAAGUAAAGAAGAUGGUAAAAAAAUAUGGAGAGAAGCUAGAAGAGAGAAAAAGAAGAGUACCUGGAAAACUGUCCCCUUGAUACAGCAAUCAAGGAAAGGUGGACUCCAGGGAGCCCGUACAGGCCAGAUGAAGGGCUCCUGGCACCACCAGUCAGAAAGCAUCAGGAUGGAAGAAGGAGUGGGGAAGCCUAGCGGGGUUGCCAGUAGAGGAAGGGCAAUUGCAGAAUGAAAUCCUCAUCUGGAAGCACCUGCCCUGCUCGAUUCCAUUGCCAACAAACCCCCAAACAUAUCCAGAACUUUUAAGUGCUUUGACGUCUUUAAAGCACUAUUAGUGGGAUCCAAUGGACCACCCAACUAAUUGUCCAAGUGGGCUUUGGGCCUGUAUUUAUUGAACAACAUCCUGAUGAUUUCAAAGUUGUCAGGUGUAGCGUCUAACGUGAGGGUUUCUAAAGUGUGCCCUAGACUUCUGCAGUAGGUUUGGCUCUCCUGACCCUCUUUUGGUGUGUGGCUUCAAGGUGCUUCCUUAUGAGUCAAUCGUAAAGCUUCUGCUCCAUUAAGAACUGUUUCAGAAUUGCUAUGUAUAUUUUGGAAUAAAGGGAUUUCAGACAGACUUAGUUGAACAUAUUGUUACAAAUUGACUUGCCUAAGGAAGAACUGUAUCUUGUGUCUACAAAAAGAAGAGACCAAUGCAGCGUAUAAAGCUAAAGGUACAAUGUAUUUAAGUGUAUAUAAGCUCAUACUUGAAAAAAAAAUGAA